UUGAUGGAAUCAUGUUGACGUUUCUUUUAUUACUGGUCAGCGCCGGUGGCGUCAUCUAUGUCUGGUUGAAUCAGCACUACACGUACUGGCGCCGACGCGGCGUGCCGGGGGAACGACCCGUUUUCCUGUUGGGUAACAUGCGCGGCUUUGCGCGAAGUGUUCACUGGAUGGACAUUAACUGGCGCAUCUAUGACAAGUUUAGGGGACGGGAACGAUUCUGCGGCUUUUACACGUUCCUUAGCAAGGCGUUUUUUGUGCUCGACUUGGAACUGAUUAAGCGGAUCAUGAUCAGCGAUUUCAACAGCUUUGCGGAUCGGGGACUCUUCCACAAUGUGCGCGAUGAUCCACUCACUGGAAAUUUGCUGUUUCUAGAUGGCGAGCAGUGGCGCUGGCUACGCCAACACCUGACGCCUGUUUUUAGCUCCGGUAAGAUGAAGUUUAUGUUUCCCACAAUGGUCCAAGUGGGCGAGCAGCUGGCGCUGAGCGCCGAGCAACAACUGGGCGAAUUCGAAGCGAAGGAUCUGUGCGCUCGCUUCACCACGGAUGUCAUUGGCAGCUGCGCCUUUGGUCUGGAGUGCAACAGUCUCGCCAAUCCGGGAUCGGAAUUCCGCGAAAUGGGUCGCUCGAUAACGGAACGCCCGCUGCAUCAGGGCAUGGUACAGGCCUUUAUGUUUGCUCAGCCGCAGCUGGCAAGGAAACUGCGCUUGCGUCUCUUUCGGCCGGAGGUGAGUCAGUUCUUCAUGGACACUGUGCGUCAGACUAUGGAGUACAGAAAACGCGAGCACGUCAAGCGCAACGAUCUCAUCCAGCUGCUCAUAGAGCUGGGCGAGCGCACGGACGAAACGGAGGCAGCGCUGAGCUUCGAGCAGAUUGCCGCACAAGCCUUGGUCUUCUUUCUGGCCGGCUUUGACACCUCCUCCACGACUAUGUCUUUUUGCCUGUACGAGCUAGCGCUCAAUCCUGCUGUGCAACAGCAGCUGCGCCAGGAAAUACAAGGCACCUUGAAGCGUCACAAGCAACAGCUAAGCUACGAGUGCCUGCAGGAGAUGACCUACCUCAACCAGGUGGUGGCAGAAACUCUGCGUAAAUAUCCCGUGCUGCCGCAUCUGGUGCGCCGCACAACCAAUGCAUACAACGUGCCGGAGAGCAGCCUCGUGCUGGAGCCAGGCACGCGGGUUAUGAUACCCGUGCAUAGUAUUCACCACGAUCCAGAUAUUUAUCCCGAUCCCGAAAGCUUUGAUCCCUCACGCUUCGAGCCCGAAGCGAUCCUCUCGCGUCAUCAAUUCGCCUAUCUGCCGUUCGGGAAUGGACCCCGGGCCUGCAUAGGUGAGAGAUUUGGCCUGAUGCAGGUGAAGAUUGGCAUUGUAACACUCUUGCGCCAUUAUCAGUUUCGGAGCACUCAGAGAACUCAGAUUCCUCUGAAAUUUAGCAAAAAAAAUUUUCUUAUCGCUACGGAGUCUGGAAUUCACCUCCAAAUGGAGCGACUUGAUGUCGACUCACCAUUUGAUCACAUAGUCCAACCGCUCCACAGACUCAGUCGGCGCAGAUCAGUUGAAAGUGAAACGCGCGAAAUGCUGGAUGUAAUUGCGCUGCUCUUAAUUACACUGGCCGUCGGGUUCUGGUUUGUGCGCACGAGACUCAGCUACUGGGCGCGACGGAGCAUCAGCCAUGCGCGACCCACUUUUCCCAUGGGCAACCUGCAGGGUUUUCGGAAGGACAAGCACUUCAAGGACAUUCUGACGCCACUUUACGAGAGCUUCAAGCCCACCGGGGCGCCCUUUGCGGGCUUCUACUUUAUGCUGCGACCGGUGGUGUUGGUGCUGGACCUGGACCUGGCCAAGGAAGUGCUCAUCAGGGACUUUGCCAACUUUGAGGAUCGCGGCUUGUACCACAAUGAACGCGAUGAUCCACUCACAGGCCACCUGUUUCGAAUAGAUGGACCCAAGUGGCGACCGCUGCGCCAGAAGAUGACGUCCACCUUUAGCUCCGGCAAGAUGAAGUUCAUGUUCCCCACGGUGUGCGCCGUGGGCGAGGAGCUAGCUCAGGUCUGCGCUGAACAGGCGCAGAAUUCCAUUUGUGGCAUUCUGGAGAUAAACGAUCUGAUGGCCAGAUACACCUCGGAUGUGAUUGGGAGCUGUGUUUUUGGCUUGGACUGCAAUGGACUGCGUAAUCCGGAGGCCGAGUUCGCCGUAAUGGGGCGACGCGCCUUCAUAGAGCGACGCCACAACAAACUUAUCGAUGGCUUCAUUGAGAGCUUUCCGAGUCUGGCACGCCGUCUGCGCCUAUGCCAGAUACACCAGGACAUUACGGACUUUUACAUGCGCAUCGUGAGGGAUACGGUCAAGGAGCGCGAGUCUAAGGGUAUUGUGCGUAACGAUUUCAUUAAUCUGCUCAUCGAGAUGAAGCAGCGCGGGGAGCUAACGCUGCCCGAAAUGGCCGCACAGUCGUUCAUAUUCUUUGUCGCCGGCUUCGAUACCUCAGCCUCGACCUUGGGAUUCGCUCUCUACGAACUGGCCAAGCAGCCACAGCUCCAGCUUAAGCUUAGACAGGACAUUGAGCAGGCGCUACAGGCGCAUGGAGGACAAUUUACGUACGAGUGCAUGCAGGAGCUGCGCUACAUGGAGCUGGUGAUAGCAGAGACGCUUCGCAAGUAUCCCGUAUUACCUCAUCUGUCGCGUGUCUCUCGCAACUUUUAUGCGGCCAAGGGCAAUAAACACUUCUACAUCGAGCCUGGCCAGAUGGUUUUCGUACCAGUCUAUGGCAUACAUCACGACCCAGAGCUAUAUCCGGAGCCUCACAAGUUUAUUCCGGAGCGUUUUCUAGCCGACCAGAUGGCACAGCGACACACCGCCUCCUGGCUGCCCUUUGGCGACGGACCCCGCAACUGCAUCGGCAUGCGCUUCGGCAAGAUGCAGACGAGCGUUGCCCUCUUUUAUCUGCUAAAGCGCUUUCAGUUCAGUGUCUGUCCGCGGACCGUGUCCAAAAUUGAUUUUGUCAAUUCCAACAUAUUGCUAUGUCCAGCCAAUGGCAUCUAUUUGAAGGUUGAAGAGCUAAAGAAAUAAUAAUACAAUCACAUUUAUCAAAUUGACAUUAUCCAAUCUUAUGUGCU